AUGGACACGAGCGACAGCCCAACCGUCGCCGUCAACGGCUGCACCUUCGUGGGCACCUUUCAGCACGAAUCAGCCAAGUACCCUCGAGCCCUGGAGUUCUUCUACGGAAUCCCCUAUGCCACCGCCCAGCGCUUCUGCCCCGCCGUGCCGCUGCCGCCGUCCGAGGCCUUGGGCGUAUACAGGGCCUCGCUACCGGCGCAUAUACAGCCCAUCCCCAUGGCCCAGUUCCCGACGGCGGAGAGUCCGCUGACGCUCAACGUCUUUCGGCCCUCGGGGUCGGCGUCGCCGUUGAGGUACCAGGUGGACGAUGCUGAGCGCGAUGCCUUGAAGGACCUGCCCGUGGUGGUGUAUGUUCAUGGCGGAGCCUUUAACUUUGGCUACCCGCUGGAGAGGGAUCUGGCGUCGUUUAUGGCCUGGAGUCCGCAGCCGAUCAUGGUCGUCAGCAUCUCGUACCGUCUGGGCGCGCUGGGGUUCUUGGCCGGGGCGUCGGAGACGCAGGAGCUCAACCUGGGGCUGAAGGACCAGAGGGUGGCGCUGGAGUGGGUGAGGGAGUGGAUUGGCCACUUUGGGGGGGAUGCUGAUAAUAUCACGCUUUUGGGAGCGAGUGCUGGAGCACAUUCGGUUGGACAUCACAUGCUCAAUCCAUCUCCAUUUCCCUUCCGCAAGGCCAUUCUCGAGUCUGGCUCUCCCACCGCACGCUCCGUUCUUUCACCUUUACAUGCUCGCACCGUCAGCCAAAUGCUCCAGCUUCAAGCGUAUGCCAUGAGCCAGCCGCUUGAGUCUCUCCCGGUCGACUCCCUCAUUGAUGCUAGCUUUGCUCUCUACGCCAUGAAUCACACAGCUGUGACGUGGCCCUUUCAGCCCGUUGUUGAUGGCCCCAAAGGCGUCAUUCCCGAUCUGCCCCUGAAUCUGUGGCGCCAAUUUGUCGCCUCGGGACGAGCAAAGGACAUGUCCAUCAUCACCGGCUUCUGCUCUCACGAGGGCACUACCUUUGCCCCCCAGCAUGCUUCCAUGAGCGCCGAAUUCCGCUCCUUCUUCCAAAAGCUUAUCCCUUCCUUUUCCUCAGACGACCUCGACGCCCUAGAGCUGCUGUACCCGGAUCCUCUCAUCCACCCAGACUCACCCUAUCGCCAACCCCCUGGCAUAGGCGGCCCUCAGAAGCGCUCUUAUGGCGCGCAGUUCCGUCGCAUACAUCAGGCUUACGGCCAUUACGCCUACAUUUGCCCUGUCCUUCACACGGCGCACACACUAUCUCGAGCUGGUGCCCGCGUAUAUCUUUACGAGUACGCUCCUCUUUCGGCGCCAUUUAGUGCAGCGUCUCAUGGUGACCAGACGUCGGCCGUAACACUUGAAUUGAACGCGCUGGAGGCGACGCCCGGCCUCCAGGCCAUGGCAAAGGAGAUGAACUACCGCUGGACAUCCUUUUGCGCGUCACCCUCUGGGACACUCAACAAUGACGACGAGCAGGAAGCCUGGCCUGUGUUUCGAAGCCCUCUGGGAGACGAUAGCUCUGCUGCAGCUCUCUCUGGGGCAGGGAUUGGUGAACUGCUCGUCUUUGGAGAGGGCAACGAUGAAGCCGCCGGAGGGAAACGCUUUGGCACGCCGGUCAAGACGAGGCAACUCACGGAUAGGGAGUUGGAGCAAUGCCGGUUUUGGUGGGACCGCAUGGAGUUGAGUCAGGGGAUGGGCGAGCGAGGCACUGCAUCGGCUUGGCUGAAGGCGUGA